CUUUACAAGCUACACGUAGUUGGUGGCGGAGGUGAAUCAGAUGGCAGGGCUACUCCAGAGCUACCGACACUGAGCAAUACCAUCAUCAACAUGCCUCUGAAACCAUCACUCAUGCCACCCCCAAUGCUACCACCAUCAUCGCUAGGCAACCUCCCGCCCCCUCCCUUUGGAUUCCCCCCACCCUUCCAUGGAGCCCCGCCCACUGGAGACCAUAACCUGGCCGCAGCAAUGGCCACCAUGUUUGGAGUGAGACCACCAGACGGCAGUGGUCUACCCAACCUCCCGCCCCCUCAACACGGGUUUCCCCCUAUGCCCCCUUCAGGCAUGGGCAUGGGAAUGGGGGGCACGCCUGAUGGAAUGCAUCCUCCCUUCCCAGGCAUGCCGUUUCCACCGCCAGGGGAUCAUGGUCCAAUGUCAUUUGAUGAGAGGGGCUUACCCCCCAUGCCCCCUGACAUGCUACACGGUGCCCCCUUUCAUUGGGACCCUGCCAUGGGACCACCUCCCCCUGAGCUCUUUGAGGGGUUCCGCCCACGCAGUAGAUCCCCGUCUCGAUCCACUUCGUCCCGUUCUCGUUCUCGUAGCUCAUCGUACGAGCGCUACAAGAAGAGUUCCUCCCGGAGACACCGCAGGAGGUCUAGGUCACGCUCGCGAGAUCGUGAAUGCAGCAGUCGUAGCAGUCGUCAUCACCGUGAGCACCAUCGGAGCGACAGACACGACCGUGACAAAGAAUGAGAAAAGCAGAAGAGCAGCAGACGAGAACACCGGGAAGAUCGUUCAAGACACGAGCGGUCGAGUCGUCGCCACCGCAGUACAAGCAGGAGCAAGGAUAAUGAGAGAAGCAGCCGCAAAGAGAAGACCAAAGCCACUACUGAUGCUGACACAACCAGAGACUCUCGCUCUAGAUCAAGAACUCCUUCCUAGAACUCUAAGACUAAUGUUCUCUCUAGCUAUACCCUCAGUCAGUGUGUGGUCUCACUAUAGAGACACCUUGCUGUGUCUGCUCUAAUGUGCUAUGUCUGUGUGUGUGUCUGUGUUUUUGCACUCUUUAUUCACCUUUUCUUAUGAGGA